CCACUUGUCAUAAAUUGUUUGUUUCCUUCUCUCCCCUUCUAACCGAAAAUGGCUGCCAUUAAUCAACCAUUAUCUGUUCUUACAUCAAACUCCCCUCAGUUGCAUGAAGUUACUCGUCGUUCUGCCAAUUAUCAUCCAAGCGUUUGGGGUGACCAUUUCCUAGCUUACGCUUCUCAUGAAAAGAAAGCAGAAGCACAAGAAUGGCAAGAGCAUCAACAACUGAAGGAAAAGGUGAAGAACAUGAUUGUGAAAGCCCCAUGCAUUUCUUCCCAAAAAUUGGAAUUGAUAAACAAAAUCCAACGAUUGGGAGUGAGCUAUCAAUUUGAGAAGGAGAUUGAAGCAACGCUGCAACUCAUAUUCAAGAACUAUUACGAAUUCAAUGUCGAAAAAGACGAGAACGAACUUUAUGUUGUUUCUCUGCACUUUCGACUACUUAGACAACACGGCUAUCAUGUACCUUGCAGUGUGUUUGAAAAGUUCACUGAAUAUGAUGGAAAAUUCAAGGAAUCAUUGACCAACAAUGUGGAAGCAAUCUUAAGUUUAUACGAGGCGUCACAUCUUAGGGUGAAAGGGGAGAAGAUUUUGGAUGAAGCACUCAUAUUUACUACUUCUCGCUUAAAAUCCAUGUUACCAAAUCUGACCGAUCCUCUUAGAUCUCAAGUCAAUGAAGCAUUAAAGAGACCAAUUUACAAAAGAUUAACAAGGAUAGAAGCAAGAAGAUACAUAUCAAUUUAUGAAGCUAAUGAAACUCAUGAUAUUGUAUUGUUGAAAUUUGCAAAACUGGACUUCAACAUGCUACAGAAGGAACAUCAGCAGGAGCUAGGCAAUCUUACCAGGUGGUGGAAGACAUUAGAUGUUCCCAAAAAUCUACCUUUCGCCAGGGAUAGAUUGGUGGAGUGCUACUUUUGGAUGUUAGGAGUGUACUUUGAACCACAGUAUUCUCUUGCCAGAAUGUUUCUUCUUAAAGUUAUAUCAAUAACUUCACUUAUGGAUGAUAUUUAUGACGUGUAUGGAACUCUUGACGAGCUCCACCUAUUCACAGAGGCAAUCCAGAGAUGGGAUGCAGUUCUUGUAAAUGAAUUACCCGAAUAUAUGAGAGUUUGUUACGUUGCUCUUCUCGAUGUUUAUGCUGAAAUGGAGAAAGAGUUAGCUGUCAAAGGUGAAUCAUACCGUAUCAAUUAUGCCAAAAAUGAGAUGAAAAAGUUAGUGGGAGCAUAUUAUGAAGAAGCAAAGUGGUUUCAUAAUCGUUGCACUCCAAAGUUUGAGGAGUACAUGAAGGUUUCUCUUGUAACGGGCGCUUAUAUGAUGCUAUCAACAACUUCUAUAGUAGGCAUGCAAGGAGAUAUUGUAACUAAAGAGGCCCUUGAUUGGGUGAGUAAGGAGCCAUUAAUUGUUCAAGCGGCAUGUAUUAUUUGUAGAUUAAUGGAUGAUAUGGCUGGACAUGAGUUUGAGCAACAAAGAGGACACGUAGAUUCAGCUGUAGAAUGCUACAUGAAACAAUAUGGGAAGUCAAAGGAAGAGACCUUUAACGAGUUUCAAGAACGAGUUAGCAAUGCAUGGAAAGACAUUAAUCAAGAAUGUCUUAACCCAACUGCUUUUCCCAUGCCUAUACUCAUCCGAGUUGUCAACCUCGCAAGAGUUAUGGAUCUAUUGUAUAAAGAUGGAGAUACAUAUACACAUUCCUCAACCGAAACUAAAGACAUCAUUACCUCUGUGUUAAUUGAUCCGAUCAUAUGAUCGGAUCCUAAGAUAAACCUACUAUAUCUUCAACAUAUGUAAUGUUGUUGCUCUAUUUUCCCUAUAACUAUCCUCCAUGUUUGAUUUGUUAGAAUUUCAAAAUAAGACAUGUAUCCUAUUGACAAGGGUGUUUGUAUGUGGUUAAUUAUUAUGGUGUUUGAAUUUUUAUUUUAUUACACAAUAUAUUCAUCUAUGAA